CUCAUCCAUGGGUUUACGGGGUCGGGAAAUUUGGCACGAACAAUUGCAGCGACCUGUGGACUGCGUCGAAUAUAAAUAGAGUGGCUACGGACUCCACCGGCAGACUCAGGAUGAACCGCACUAACCGUCAUCGCCAAGAGGCCUUGGGGAUUUUUUCGCAGGCCUUCGUUUGGGAUGGCCCCCUCUGUUUGGCCCGGUCGGAAGACUUGGAAUGGCUUCAAUAAACGAACCCUCCCAAUCAAUAAAACCACGGAUCCCCUGACCGUACGGUACUGUCAGCCCCCCUGGCCCUUGCCGCGGGCUGCAGGCGUGGGCCGGCGUACGAACGGUACCGUACGGCGUGGAGACGCCCAGAGCGACUGUCAAUGCAGGCCCCUCGUUGGUGCGGUGAUCGUCAGGGCGCAGGCCCGUCACUGGUACCUCGCUCUCCCUACCGGCGCGCUGCUGUGGCCGGGUACCAGGUACCACUGCGGACUCCCUAACGAGCCAACCCGAACGCUCCUGUCAUUCAUUCAUUCUCAUUCAUCGUCUCGCUUUCGCCCCUCUCGCGCUCUCUCCCCUCCUCCGUCUGCCUCCCUUUCUCUCUUCUCUUCCUCCUCCAUUGUCCACGAUGCUCGUCCAUCGUCCCUCUUCUUGGCCUGUGAUCCCGUUGACCUGCUAGAUUGGCUCUCGCCCUUCUUCCUUUCGUCUCGGCUGCUCUCCUAUCGAUCGAUCCACUUCCUCCCCCUUCACCUCUCUCCAGUACAAACUACUGAGUCGCUCCUUUAUCUAAUUUGUUCCGUUUUGGCCCUCUAAGCCUGGUUCGCUGCCGGGAGCUGUUCGUUCACUUUUGAUCUUAUUAUCUUAAAAUUUUUUUUCUUUCUCUCCGCCCGUCAUCUCCAUUUCAUCCUCAUCAGAAUCACCGCUUCCGUAUGACCUCGCGCUUUCUGAUAGCCUGUUCUCUCGCCGUUAGGCUGACUUCAUAACCCCAACGCUCAGCCC